GACAGUGAUAACUAUGUUAUUAAGCAAUUUUAUCCAACUUACAUAAAUGCCGCUCACCAAUCUAUCGUUUCCUCCAUGACGUGUCUUUUUGUUUGUAGGAGAAACCCCCCUCCAACCUCCAAUGUCCCAAGUCGUGCAGGACCUAAUGCAGCUAAUACAGACGGAAUUUCCACGUAGAUCAAAAGACGAGUAGCAUAGAACACACACCUUACCCUGCAAAUCAGGGAGUAAGGAUCGUGGAACAAUCAUUGGAUAAACGGCUCGAAGGUGAAGAUGUAGGUACAAUGAGCUCCUCGAAUGCUCUGCUUGUCUAUCCGGCUCUUCCACCGGGGAAGCCGUCCGUGCGAGAAGGUGUUCUCUCUCCACACCCCUAAAUAGAGAGAUAGACGGUUGCGAUGGCUGGUCGUCGACACGAUUCCAACCCGUUCGAUGAUGAAGAAAUGAAUCCUUUCGCGGACCAAGAUCAUGAGAGGGGUCAAUCAAAUUAUGGUGGGGGCGCAUUUUUCAUGCCAAACUCAUCUGCAAACUCAAAGCUUGCACCUCUUCCUCAUGAACCUGCUGACUACGAUCGUGGGGCUACAGUUGAUAUUCCUCUUGGUGGUUCAAUGGAUUUAAAAAGGAGAGAACAGGAACUUCAAGCUAGAGAGGCUGAAUUGAAGAAAAAGGAACAGGAGCUGAAAAGAAGGGAGGAUGCCAUCUCACGAGCUGGAAUUGUCAUUGAGGAAACAAAUUGGCCAGCCAUUUUCCCCAUAAUUCACCAUGACAUUGCAAAUGAAAUCCCAGUCCAUCUACAAAGGUUGCAAUAUGUUGCAUUCACCACAUUUUUGGGUAUAAUAAUAUGUCUCUUGUGGAAUGUUGUAGCCAUCACCUUAGCUUGGGCCAAUGGGGGAGGUCCAAGCAUUUUGUUUCUUGCUAUCAUAUAUUUCCUAGCCGGCGUCCCGGGCUCCUAUGUGUUAUGGUAUCGUCCUCUUUAUCAUGCGAUGAGGACAGAUAGUGCUCUGAAAUUCGGGUGGUUCUUAUUAACUUAUUCGUUGCAUAUUGGCUUCUGCGCAUUUUCCUGCGUUGCUCCCCCAAUAAUUUUCGAAGGGAAUUCCUUGACUGGAAUCUUGCCUGCAAUCGACCUUUUAACUGCAAAUGCUCUGGUUGGGAUAUUCUACUUCGUUGGAUUUGGACUCUUCUGCAUUGAGACAUUGAUCAGCAUAUGGGUGAUUCAGCAAGUUUAUAUGUACUUCAGAGGAACUGGAAAAGCUGCAGAAAUGAGGAAGGAGGCUAUGAUGGCAGCAUUGUAACACAAAAAAUCAACAUUUGAAUUCUUCGACUCAUUGGCUGUUUUGUUCUUGGUGCUUUAGCUUUGUAAUAGAUCAGAAAUUGUACUCUUUUGGCUGCCAUUUGAUUUCAUCAUCAACAGAUGUUGGUUUUUGAUGCAUUGAGAGGAAUGCAUUUCCUUUGCCAUGUUUGGCAUUUUUUGUUCUUUGUCAAUGUUUUACACUUUUUAGACUAGGAGAGGUAGAAUUAGAAAUCGGUAUCAUGCAGUCGAUAUUUGAUAUAUGUAUAAAUCUCAACUUCUAAGUAGUACACAAGUUUAGAAGGACGAUUGUAUAACAUAUCACAAGUUUAAGA